UUAUUUUUCUGUCUUUGGUACCAGUCCCCUCCUUUGAUGUGAUUGUUUAUAUUUCUAUUAUUAGCUUAUUUCUUGCAUUCCUUCUUAUUGCUUAUAGUCCAUUUCACUUUAUGUAUAAUCAUUUGGGAAAGAAGAGUAGUAUCUAAUUUGUUUCUACUUCUGUUCUUUUGUUGCUUUAUUUGUAUAAAUGAUGAAUACAUGGUUGUCAAUAGUUGUCAUAUAAUGCAUGAAUAACAAUAAACAGUUUAAAAAGUAAAUGGACUAGAAAAGCUAACAAUAAAUAGGUCAACUAUAACUGCUUGGUGAUUUGAAGUAUAAUUGUCUAGCUCUUUAGGGUGCCUAAUCCUUCAUUAAAACAUACCAAACUUUCUACCCUUUAAUGGGAUAACAUGUUUUGGUUUCCCUCCAAGGGAUGAUUUGCCUAAUUUUAUUUUCAUAAGGGUUCUAUUGCAUUCUCUAGAGCUAAGGGACCACCUAUCUUGUGGUUGGUACCCUUCUGCUCGCAGGGGGUGACUUUGCUGAACAGAGACAAGUUGAUUUUAAAAGUUGUCUUGAUGUCAUUUUCCAAUUUCAUCUUUGAAAAUUGUUCUUAUAUCAUGACACACACGCUGGAAACUCUCAUCAUAAAUGACCCCUGAUAACAUCAGAAGUAGGAAACUCAAAUCCUUCUCACGUUUAGGAUAGUUCCAAUUACUAUUCAUUACUCAUAAACAUGUAUCUUAAGGUACAAAAAGUGGAAAUUCUCAUUUGUGAGAGCCCAAGCCUUAUAGAUCUUUGACUUAGUCCAUCCAUUAUUUGUAAUUUUUCCUGUGAUUGUCCUUGUUUUUUGGACCCAAAGUAGGCAUAAUGUAAAUGUAUGUAAAAGUGACGUACAACCUUCGUAUAAGGCAAUUAUGGAAAGUAGUAUGCACCUCAUUUCUGUGGAAAAAUACUUUGGUCAUAUGAGUUCUCUGUCUGUUAAGUGAAGAUGUUGUCUGGGCUAAAGUCAAAAUUUUGUAUAACUUUGCCCUUUUGGUUGAAAGUGCAAAUAUAGUGCAAUUCCAUGCUAGUACCCUAACUAAGAUCAGAAAGUCUUAGGAAAAUAAAUGACUUUGUUACUAUAAGAAUCGUAUUCUACGCACUUGUUUUGAAUGCCAAACCCCCUCCAUUUUCUUCUUUAUAAAAUGCUAUGGCAUGCUCUGUUUUUUGUAUUAGAAGAGGUUUUCACUUGGAAACACUUGUUUUUUUGGGGAAUCCAGAGAGUGAUUUUGAUAGUUUAGAUGCAAUCAAGAUUGGUGUCAAUGGAGGAGGGCAAGGACCCUUCUUCAACCAUUGCUUUUAGGACAACCCAAUCUAGGGCUUUGCAAUUGAGAUUCCUUCAAAUCUUCUUGCUGCUUCUAUGUCUGGGUCUUGGGUUUUCAAUCAUUAGCAUGCGCAUGUUACGGUAUUUUGGAGUUAAGAAGAUUGCCCUUGCAACAACCACCACCAUAUUUCCUUGCUAUCAUCAAGAGGUUAAUUAUGUAGAAAGUUGGAUUAGACCACCAUCCAAACUGUGGCAUACCAUGAAUGACAGUGAGCUCCUCUGGCGAGCUUCCUUUGUACCUUUAAGAAAAGAAUAUCCAUUUAAGAGAGUUCCCAAGAUUGCCUUCAUGUUCUUGACAAAAGGCCCACUGCCACUGGCACCCCUUUGGGAGAGAUUUCUCAAAGGACACGAACAGCAUUAUUCUAUCUAUGUUCAUGCACUGCCACCUUAUGUCUCAGAUUUCCCAGAGUCAUCAGUGUUCUACAGGAGACAAAUCCCUAGUCAGGUUGUGGAGUGGGGGGAGAUGAGUAUGUGUGAUGCUGAGAGGAGACUUCUUGCUAAUGCAUUACUUGAUAUUUCUAAUGAAUGGUUCAUCCUUCUGUCUGAGGCAUGCAUUCCUCUCCACAACUUCAGCAUCAUCUAUCAUUACAUAUCGAGAUCAGAAUACAGUUUUGUGGGGUCUUUUGACGACCCUGGACCUUAUGGGAGAGGACGCUACAAUAGUGAAAUGCAACCCGUAGUUACACUUGAACAGUGGCGUAAAGGUGCUCAGUGGUUUGAAGUUAAUCGGAGACUCGCAAUUGUUAUUAUCCAGGAUACCAUGUACCAUCCCAAGUUCAAAGAGUUCUGCAAACCAGCAUGCUACGUUGAUGAACACUAUUUCCCUACAAUGUUAUCCAUUGAAGCUCCGCAUCUGUUGGCAAACAGGACGUUUACAUGGACAGACUGGUCAAGAGGAGGCGCUCACCCGGCCACAUUUGAGAAGAAUGAUAUAACAGAAGAUCUUUUUAAGAGGAUGUCUGAAGGUCAAUUAUGCCUCUACAAUAAUCAGCUAUCCACUGUUUGUUACCUUUUUGCAAGAAAGUUCGCACCUAGUGCGUUAGAGCCUUUGUUAGAAAUGGCAUCCAAAGUAUUUGGUUUUUGAGAAAGGUAAAAGGUAUGGUUAUUGAGAUGAAUUUCGAAAAAAAAUUCCUCUUGGAACAAUUUUACUUGUGAGGUAAAAAAUUAUUUUUUAAAUUUACUAUAUUUGUGAAUGUGGUGAUCAUAACUAUACUUAUAAUGAUAGUUAAGUUCACCAUAUUUACAAUUAUAAUUAGUUCAAGAGAAUAUUCUAGAGUUCAAAUACAUUUAUGAAUAUUCAGGAUAUGCAUAGAAAAAUAUAUUUACAGCUUAACUACGCCUACGAAGUUAAGUUUCAA